AUGACGACUCCUGUCGAAACUCCGACCACUGCCACCACCCUAUGGGACCGUCUUCCCGUGAGCCGCAGCGUCGUGCUGGCGGCGCUGAUUGCUGCCGUCGCCUACGCCAUAGCCAUCGUGGGCGCCCUGCUGUUACGGAGCACCGAGGGCAUAGACGGCGUGAACCGGUUCGUUGAGUUGCUGUCCGGCUCGUCGGGGAGCGGCCUCAGCAACGCGGGUAUCAAGCUGGGGUUUGCUUACGCGGUGGGAGCUGCCUCUGCGGUCAACCCGUGCGGGUUCGCCAUGCUGCCCGCCUACCUCGGCCUGUACGUGAGCGGCGGCAGCGGGGAGCGCGAGAAUCGCCGGCCGAUCGUCCUGGUCGCCCGGGCAAUCAUGGUCGGCCUCACGGUUUCUGCGGGAUUUGUGGUGCUGUUCGGGCUGGUGGGCCUGGUCCUGGGGUUCGGUUCCCAGGCCAUCGUGGUGGCCGCGUUGCCGUACGUCGGGCUCGCGAUCGGGGUGUUGCUGAUCGGCGCCGGCGCUUUCAUGGCCAGCGGCGGCAAGAUCUACACCAGCCUGGCCCAGCGGGCGGCUUCGCGCAUCGGCGAUCCGUCGCAAACCAACCUGCCCGGCUACCUGCUGUUCGGGAUCAGCUACGGACUGGCGUCCCUGAGCUGCACGCUGCCGCUGUUUCUGGCGGUGCUGGGCGUGGGCGCGGGCCUGUCGUCGGGAUGGCUGGACACGCUGGGACAAUUCGUGCUUUACGCGGCCGGCAUGGGCAGCGUCAUCAUGGCGCUGACGCUGGGCAUGGCCCUCGCCCGUUCGGUGAUGGUCCGGUGGCUGCGGGCGAUCCUGCCCUACGUGGGCGUCGUGGGAGCCUGGUUGAUGGUGGUAGCCGGCGUGUACAUCAUGUUCUACUGGCUGACCAUCGGGCGGGACCUGUUCUGA